CGAUGACGUAGUAGUUGUAACCCAUUCAUGAAAUUUACAAAGUUAGCUAGCUGCUAGCAUAGGCUGGAUGGAACGAGAAACAAGAGUUCCAACACACUUUGGAAGGAACAUCCACGUUCACCUAGUUCUUCCACUGCUAGUCGCGCCAUAUGGCCAAGCAUACAGAGGUGGAGACAUACAAGUUACUGGAACUGCCCCAUCUAUGGCCAGCAACUCCACCCCUCAGUUGAAUGUUCUUUGACAGAAGAGUGGAGCAGAUAUUCUGGAGAUGAUUACCAUGGACACCCGGUCCAAACCUGCCACUCCGGAGCCUAAUCUCGUACCCAGUCCCGCACCAAGUCCUGCACCCAGUCCCGCACCAAGUCCUGCACCAAGUCCCACUCCAAGUCCACUUCUUGACAGAAUCCCAUUGCCGUCAGGAAACCAUGUGGAGCAUCUUAAUGUGAACCAGAUCCAGGUAGUGGUACGACGUUGUUCCAGUCCAAAUGUCACAGAGGAAACCACCUAUUUUCUUCCUCGUACCCCUGUGGUGGAUGCUGGUACCAACACAGAACCACCACUUGUUUGCUGCCCCUUGCUUCACAGAUUUUGCCCUUGUCCUCCAAGAGGCCUUGUGGCCUCUGUCAUUACAAAAUUCCUCUUGGCUGCGGUGCUCUUCGGAGUGGUGUGGUCCGUCACAGAGGAUGAAUGUCUUCCAGGUGGUAACCUGUUUGGCAUUACGGUGCUUUUCAUCUGCGCGGUCAUUGGUGGCAAACUGGUGGCUCUGAUCCGCCUGCCUAGGCUUCCACCUUUACCUCCACUUCUUGGUAGGACAUCAAACAUCCUUAAAACAAAAAGUAUGCUGCUUAUGGGUUUCAUGCUGAGAAAUAUCCCAAUAAUAACAGACGGUGUGUACAUUAACUUCAGGUGGUCCGCCUCUCUCAGGAACAUUGCGCUGGCGGUCAUCCUGGCCAGAGCCGGUCUGGGUUUGGAUCCCUCGGCUCUGAGGAAGCUCAAGUCUGUGUGUUUACGUGUGGCAGUGGGGCCGUGCAUUAUUGAGACCUGCACUAUAGCUCUGGUCUCCCACUUCCUCAUGGGCUUACCGUGGGUGUGGGGCUUCAUCCUUGGCUUUGUGCUUGGUGCUGUGUCGCCAGCAGUGGUGGUGCCCUCCAUGUUGCUUCUGCAGAAGGACGGUUACGGCGUGGAGCAGGGCAUCCCCACUCUGUUGAUGGCAGCGGGCAGCUUUGACGACAUUCUCGCCAUAACAGGAUUCACGACAUGCUUGGGUGUUGCUUUUGCUACAGGUUCCACAUGGUACAACAUCUUGAGAGGUGUGCUGGAGGUGGGCGGUGGCUUGCUUGCUGGGAUCCUUCUUGGUUUCCUCAUCCAGUACUUUCCCAGUCUCGACCAGAAACACUUGGUGAUGAAGCGAUCCUUCCUGGUGCUCGGCCUGUCUGUCUUUGCUGUGUUUGGCAGCGGUGUUGCUGGAUUUCCUGGUUCUGGUGGCCUCUGCACUCUAGUGUUGGCAUUUCUUGCUGGUCUCGGAUGGGGUUCAGAAAAGGCACGCGUGGAGGAAGUGGUGGGCUGGGCAUGGGACGUUUUUCAGCCACUUCUCUUUGGAUUAAUCGGAGCAGAGAUUAGAGUGUCGGAGUUGGAGGCACAAACAGUUGGUCUGGGUAUUGCUUCUCUGGUCAUUGCACUGCUGGUUCGUCUACUUUUCACCUACGUUUGCGUGUUGUUCGCCGGCUUUAACAUUCGAGAAAAGCUCUUCAUUGCCCUGGCUUGGAUGCCCAAAGCCACAGUGCAGGCAGCCAUUGGCUCGACAGCUUUGGACAUGGCCAGGACAAGGCAGGACAAGCAGAUGCAGAAGUACGGCAUGGACGUACUCACUGUGGCUGUGCUUUCCAUCCUUCUCACCGCGCCAGUCGGAGCCCUUAUCAUAGGCCUGUGUGGACCAUGCCUGCUGCAGAAACCAAAGAUUUCACCCUGUGGCACUGGGGCAGGUGGCGAUGAGGACAAUGACACGCCGGUCACGUAUGAAAGUACUCUCUGACAUCUUCAGUCUCAAUGCAAGCAAUGGGAUGUUGAAUCAAAAAUGUUUUAAUUUGAGGGCAUUUUGUCUGCAACUGCUGAAACACUAUCAGAUUGUCCAUUAUUAGGGAACUCCUCAAUGUUAACAUCUAUUUCUGUAUUGAAUUGUUUAUGGAACAUUCGAGUCAAGUUUUAAUUUGAAACUAAAUAACCGGAAUGACAUGUUGGUUAUGUCAGCUCUCCUUUAGCCACCGAGUGGCUUGCUUUUGUUUUGCUGUCUCCGGACAGCUCCUGCUGUUCUCUCUUCAGCUGGAGCACACGCGUGAAUGACAUUUAUUAAUCGGCACUGGUGAUUUCCAGGCCACAAACAAAUGAUCCACAUCUGAGCAUUUGAAUGGUCACGCAGCGUACGAGAGUCAAAAUGUUCAUAAUAAUUGAAUGAAAUAGUUUUAUGAAUGUUUUCCAUUUUGUAAUGAUUGCGGUUGUUCCUAUUUGUUAAAAUAAGGGAAUCUGGCUCACAGUAAUACUAAUGAUUACAAGCCGCCAAUGCAGUUACUAAAUUGUGAAUUAGUAUAUUUUUUAAAACAUGUUUGUUUUACACUUAAAUAUUAAGUAUCAUUUGGUACCAAAAUGUGUAUACAAUAAUUCAAAUAUUUCUCUUUGCUUUGAAAUUGAGGCUGAAUCAUAAUCACAAAAUCAGCUUUUAUUAGUUAUUUUUAUCAUGUUUUGUUCCUUUCAUUUCUUAAAAAAAGUAUGCAUUGUAAUUUAAGGCAUUUAAAGAGGUUACAUUUAUUUAUAUUGUGUGAUACUUUGUGUGCAGUAUUAGAAUAUUUAUUAAUUAUAUAUGGAAUUCAGAAUUAGUUUUUUAUGGAACAUAAUGAAAUAAAUAUGUUUUCCCAAGGUGAA